UCUUGUUCCUAGGUUCCUCUCUAACGUCUCUAAACGCUGCGUUUUCACGUCUCCCUUCUCUCUUACAGCCGCACGUGAACGUUUCUCUCUCUCUCUCUCUCGUCUGCCGGAGAAAAGGGCUCUGCAAAUUUCGAUUCUUUUCCCCCUGAAACGAGAACCCAAUUCGCGAUCAAUCCUGUCUAACGCUGACGCAAUCAACGGUGUGUGUUUGGUAAUGGCUACCAACAACAAAGUGAUUGCUAUAUGUCGUUCAGGAGGAGAGUUUAUAACCAACAAAGACGAUGGAUUGCUAUCGUAUUCCGGUAGUGGCGACGCCUUUGCUAUAGACAUCGAUCAGAACACUUCGAUGAGUGAUUUCAAGACAGAGCUGGCUGAGUAUUUCGGGUUUGGCGUGGAGACGAUGACGCUCAAGUACUUCCUCCCUGGAAACAAGAAGACUCUUAUCACCAUCUCUAAGGAUAAGGAUUUCAUGCGCAUGGUUAAGUUCUCUGCUGAUGCAGGGACUGUUGAGGUUUUCGUCAUGCCUCAAGAAAGUGGUGUGGUCAAUGUCUCCAACAUGCCAGCUAGUAGGUCAAGUAGGACUACGGCAUCAGAAGGGGUUGUACCUGUGAUCACUGCUGCAGGAGAAGACGACAUUGUUGACGAGGACAUGGCAAACGAUUUUCAAAUCGACUUAGCCAUGCCUGACGAAAGCCCUUUACCGUGCAACUUCGUUUUGGUCGAUCAGAAACACCACACUGCGAUACAGCAGUGGGAGAACGUCAUCACAGGCGUCGACCAACGUUUCAACAGCUUCAUCGAGUUCCGUGACGCACUGCACAAGUACUCGGUGGCUCACGGUUUCGCUUACAAGUACAAGAAAAACGACAGCCACCGAGUCUCCGUCAAGUGCAAAGCCCAAGGCUGCCCGUGGCGCAUCACCGCCGCGAGGCUGUCGACGACUCAGCUGAUCUGCAUCAAGAAAAUGAACCCGAGGCACACGUGCGAGAGGGCCGUCAUCAAGCCCGGAUACCGCGCGACGAGAGGAUGGGUGAGAACCAUCUUGAAAGAGAAGCUGAAGGCCUUCCCUGACUACAAACCCAAAGACAUCGCCGAGGAUAUAAAGAGAGAGUACGGCAUUCAGCUGAACUACUCGCAGGCGUGGAGGGCCAAAGAGGUUGCUAGAGAGCAGCUCCAAGGCUCUUACAAAGAAGCCUAUAGUCAGCUCCCUCUGCUCUGCGAGAAGAUCAAGGAGACAAACCCCGGAAGCAUCGCCGUGUUCGCUACGAAAGAAGACUCUAGCUUCCACCGUCUCUUCAUAUCGUUCUACGCUUCGAUCUCCGGGUUCAAACAAGGCUCCAGGCCUCUCCUUUUCCUCGACAACGCCGUCCUCAACUCGAAGUACCAAGGAGUCAUGCUUAUAGCAACGGCCUCCGACGCCGAGGACGGCGUAUUCCCAGUGGCAUUCGCCGUCGUCGACGCGGAGACCGAAGAGAACUGGCUCUGGUUUCUCCAGCAGCUCAAAUCCGCCUUGUCCGAGUCCAGGAGGAUCACGUUCGUUGCCGAUUUUCAGAACGGUCUGAAGAACGCGAUCCCCCAGGUCUUCGAAGACGCGCACCACGCCUACUGUCUCCGCCAGCUGGCCGACAAGAUGAAUACUGAUUUGAAAGGACAGUUCUCUCACGAGGCGAGGCGGUACAUGCUCAACGACUUCUACUCGGUGGCCUACGCGGCAACGCCGGAGGGAUACUGCAGCGCGCUGGAGAGUAUGAAGAACAUAUCUCCCGACGCUUGUAAGUGGGUUACAGAGAGCGAGCCUCACCACUGGGCGAACGCGUUGUUCCAAGGGGAGAGGUAUAACCAGAUGUACUCGACGUUCGGGCUAGACUUCUACAGCUGGGUGUCUGAAGCUCAUGAGUUUCCUAUAACACAAAUGAUCGAUGAGUUUAGGGCGAAGAUGAUGCAGUCCAUCUACACGCGUCAGGUGCAGUCACGUGACUGGGUCACGACUCUGACACCAACCAACGAAGAGAAGCUUCAGAAAGAGAUGGUACUUGCGCAGACGCUUCAGGUUUCUCCACCAGAAGGUAGCUUGUUCCAGGUCAACGGAGGAGACUCAUCCAUCAACAUUGUUGAUAUUGAUCAGUGCGAUUGUGACUGCAAGAUCUGGAGGCUGACGGGGUUACCUUGCAGCCACGCGGUUGCUGUGAUCAUGUGUAUAGAGAAGAGCCCUUAUGAGUACUGCUCUAGGUACUUAACGGUCGAGAGCCAUAGGUUGAUGUAUGCGGAGUCGAUUCAUCCUGUGCCGAAUAUGGAUAGGAUGAUGAUGGAGGAGGCGGUGGAGGGGUUGGUUGCGGUGACGCCUCCGCCCACGAGGAGGACGCCGGGGAGGCCGAAGAUGAAGAGGGUUGAGCCGUUGGAUAUGAUAAAGCGGCAGCUGCAGUGUAGCAAGUGCAAGGGGCUAGGACAUAACAAGAAGACGUGCAAAGCUGAUUAGUUUGUAUGUGUUGGUUUAGUUAAAAAGUAGAUGAUUUUGGAUCUUGCCUUGUGUGAGUGAGUGGAAAAAUAAAAAUCUCGUUUGUUUUCAGACCAACGCGAGCUUUUUUUGUUUUGUUUAGCAUAACUUGUUGAUCUAUGACACUCACAUUUGAACCA